AUGAAACACUUCGUUAAGACGACAACUUUGCAUGGUUUUAAGUAUUUGUGCGCCAAAUGCUACUACGAUCGGGCAGGGUGGGCUGUCGGCUGCCUGGCGAGCGCGUGCUGCGCUGCCGUGCUGUGCACUGUGGUGUGGGCGCGCUACCUGCAGAUGCCGGCGCUGCUGACGCUGCGGGAGCUGCGCGCGCACCACGCGAGCGUGCUCAUGCCGCUGGUGGCCGUGUGCCCGCCCGCCGACACCGUGGCCACGCUCAUGGCCAGACGCUUGGUUGAUAUCCCCGUUCCAAAGAGAUCACAAUUAGAAAUAAAUAAAGUAUUAACUCUGGCACUGCAAUGCUCGGACGAGGUUUCACUGUACAACUGUGAUUUUUUCACCAAAUACGAUGUCGAGGAGUGGGUGGAGCCGUUCGCGUUGAUUCCCGGCUUUAGCUACGAGGCUCAGUUGACCUUCACGUCGGUCAGCGAUAGUGAUGAGAGCGGAAUGAGUAAUCUCUGUGUUUAUCAUCAAAACUUCUCCAAGAGUAAGUGUUUGCUCCUGUGUAUGGAGGAGCGAUGCGGGUGCCUGGAUCCGUUACGGCUGACAAUGCCCGGGGAGACUCUUGCGCUCGAUACUUGUCACGUCCAGAAGUUGAAUUGCUUGAGACAUAUUAGGAGAGACGAUCCUCAAUGUAACUGCUUACCUCCGUGCAAAAAAGUCACAACUGGUCUCGCACUAGUGCCAAGCAAAAUGAAUGCCUUGAAUUACUCUGUGAACCCGUUGAUCGCUGCAUUAAACAAUACAUUGGCAACACUUUUGACUAUCCAAGUGAGAAUCAGUGGCUCUAGAAUGUUUGUAGUUAAUCCAACUGAAACUUGGAUUACUUUGCUUUCAUCCAUUGGGGGAAUUUUUAAUAUGUUUCUAGGCGUAGGUUUCUUCAGUGUGGUUGAGCUUUUAUUUUUGUUUUUGUUGCGGUUGCCAAUCGCUUUUCGACGAUCCAGUGAAAUAGAACAAUCAAGUUGA